AUGCCAGACGAAGAAGUUGAUAGAGAUUUUAAGUUUCCAGUUCUUCUUAAGUUAAUUUCUGAAUAUGUUGAGCAAUAUGAAUGGGAGAAAAAGAAUCCUCUUACAACCGAAAACUUCAUUGAAUCGAAAUUUCGUCUCAAGAUUGUUACGGAUCUUGCUAAUCGAAUCAAAAUUCUGAAUAGAUGGUUGCUGCAAAUAUCCUCCAAUCCAAUUUCUUCAUUUAUGUUUUCGAUCUCGGAGUCGUCGGCGAUCAGCUUCAGGGUGACUUUUGAAAGUGAAGAUUGA